AUGGAGGGUGCGCUGCGAACGCCGCGCCCCAGCGGCCCAAGUAUCCUGCGUACGCCCCAUACACCCGGAACGGGGAGUAGUGUGCGCUUUGGAACGCGUGAAUACGAAGACGGCGAAGAGAGCAUGCUGUCGGCAUCGCACUCGAGCGUCGCACCGAGCCAGCAAGGCGACCAAAGCACCAGCAUGCAGCUCGAGGACGUAUCGAGCAUCGAGACACAGCGGAUUGAAAUGGGAAAUGAGAGCGUGAACUCGGAACUAAGCUUCUCGGAGAGCUUCCUCAAGCGCGAGGUCGGCGUCGCCCUCGAGGGUCUGCGCCAGAGCGUGUCGGCCCCAGCCGACGUCCUGCCCCAGACGCCGGGCCGUGGGCACGAGGCGAGUGCCCAGAUGCAAAGUCAGGGUGCGGACGACGAGAGUGCGCCGAAUACCGUGCGUGCACCGCGCAUUGCCGCCGCACCGCAGGUGGACUCGCCAGAGAGCUCACCGCGGCGGCCGAUGCGUGCCGUGUCGACGUCGCCGGCAACGUCGCCUGCCAAACCUGCGUUUGCGGCGCCGAGCGUGCCAGAAGAGCACGAAAAGCCCAGCGAGCCAGAGUCGACGACGCCGCUUACGUCGCCGUCCAAGACACUGCGUUCGUCGCAAAGAGAGUCGACGUCGCCGCUCUCUUCUCCGACGGUGCGUGGCCAAGCGAGUGCGGACGACAGCGCGUCGGCUACGGUGCGUGUUCCUGUGCAAGAGGACGCCGACGAGGCCGAUGCUCAUGCUGGGGGCGACGCCGUCGUCGAAGCGGCCGAACCUGUCGUGGCCGACAAGACGGAAGGACCUGCCGAGGCGCCGGUCGGGGCGCCUGUCGAGGAACUCGACAAAGCACCUGCCAAUGUGCCCGAAGCCGAAAACAGUACAGUGGCCGAGCCUGUUGAAAAUGCCCCUGCUCGCGACGCCAUUUCCAGAUACCCUGCCGAGACGCCUACAGAAACCGAGACCACGGAGCAUGCAGCCGAGCCACUUGCGGCCGACACGUCCGAGGAUGCGUUGCCGCGCCCCCCUCGCAAUGUGCUGCGCCUCUCGCGGUCCUCGUCGCAGUCCCCCGCCUCGCAGCUGCCGAUCCCCGCUGCACAUACGCCCAAGACGCCGUCGGGGCUGAGCACGUCGCUGCGCCGCAGCCGCGCGACGCCCGGCAGCUCGAGCUUUGCGUCGAGCCUUGCGUCGUGGGCGACGCCGCGCACAGAGGCGAGUGCCGCCCAGUCCCCCUCGUCGCGCCGCAGUCCGUCGAGUCCCGGCAACUGGCCAGGGAUGCACGAGCUGAGCUACCUGUCCGACAAAGAGGAGCUGGACGAGGACGAUGCCGGUGCGCUUGUCCCCUUUGCCGUCGAGGAGCUCUCGAGCAAGCUCUUUGCAAUCGACCGCCUCGGCAAUGUCGAUGCGCGCGAGCUCUUCGAGAUGGUCGCGCAGCUCGAUCGGACCCAUACGGAGCGGACCAUUUUCCUGCAGCACCGCCUUGCGCGUGCGCACCGCCUGAACCAAGUGCUGCGUGCGAGUCUCGCGCAGUCGCAGGAAAAGACGCGGACGUUUGAGGCGCAUGUGCACGAUCUCAUGGAGCACAAGGCCGACUCGACGACGCAUGCGCAUGCCGAGCUGCAAAGGCUCUCGGAAGAGCUCGAGGAGCGCCUGCGCGUGCUCCCCAGCCACGGCCCCCUUGCUAUCGCGCCCGCCGACCCCCUCGAGGCCGAGCGGCAUGCGCUGGACGAGGAGCGCGCGCAGCUUGCGAUGGAGCGCCGCGAUCUCGAGAUCCGCCUCGCAUCCAUGCCAAGCACCGAUGACGAGCUUGUCUCGCGCAAAGAGAUGGAGCAGCGCAUCGCCCAGGCCAUCGAGCUCACGCGCGACUCGUGCAUGCGCGAUGCGGACGUGCGCGUCGCCCAAGUCCGUGAGGAGCUCGCGCAGGAUGCGGCGCCCCACGAGGAGCUCGCGUCGCUGCGUGCGCAGCUUGCCGAGCUGCAGACCGCGCCGCAGCACGAGCGCGAGCAGUUCCUUGCAGAAGAGGUCGAGACGCUCCGUGCCCAGCUCGAGGACGCACAAGUCGAUCAGCGCGAAGAGCACCUCGCGAACCUCGAGCAGUACCUCGACGAGCUCGAGGCGACGAUGACCGCCGAGCAAGAGAGCCACCGCGACCGCGAGCUCGAGAUGGCCGAGCUCCAAGCGCGCCUCGAGGCGCGGAUCGACGAGCUCGAGAUGCAGGUGCACCACAGCGCCGAUGCAGUGCUCAAGCUCUCGACCGCGAAGCAAGAAGCCGAGGCCGAGCUCACUGCUGCGCUGCACCAGCAGCGCAAGCGGAUCAGCGAGCUGGAGCACGACGUGGCGCACCGCGGCCUCGAGCUGGUGCGCCUCGAGAAGCAAAAAGAGCAGGUGGCCAAAGAGGCGCUGCACUUUUCCCUUGCCCUGUCCGCCAAAGAACAAGAGGUCCAGAUGCUGAAGCGCGGCACGCAGGACACGCCUGCCUACUGGAAGCUCUUGGCGCAGCGCAGCGGCCCCGAGCGCAAGCCGCUGCAGCCCGUCUCGACGAACGCGCGGCGUGUAUCGAGCGAGGCGGCGAAGCGCAUGCUCCAGGAAAAGCGCCACGCCGCGUCUACGCCGAACCAGACCCACAGCGCAAGCCGCGACUAUGCCAAGAGCACCUCGGCCCCGUCGCAGAGCGCCCCCCUCGACGACCUCUCCACCUCCACGAUCCAGAGCGUGGAUGCGUCUUAUAGGCCGGUCCUUGCCGAAUAA